AAUGCAAUUAAUCAGUAAGAAGCUGAUAAGGUAAAUAAAGCUAUAAUUGACGCUGCAGGUAUGUUUCGAUAGAACAGCAUGGCUACAUUUCUAGAUAAUUCGGCGAGGUGUUUCAAAGAAAUUAAAUAAAACCAGAGAGUGCAUAUUUGAACGCUUUUGGUAAUCUAAUCCAGCUCGAUUUCCGCGCCUCUCACACAGGAAAAGCACCCCGGGACAGAGGCACUUUCCAGCCGACACAUCCUCGCUUUUCUUACCAUUCCUGGAAAUCCAGCGCCCUGGGGAGGGGGACCACCGUAUCCUGGAUAAGCCAUUUCUGUCUACUUGACAAGAAGUUAUUAAAAUGUGGACGUUGUAGAAGAACAAUGUUCUUCUUGCUCCUCCCACUUCUUAGAGGGCGUGUCAGGGUUUGUUCAGAGAAAAUCUAAUACUGUGGUCGUCUAAUAACGGUGAUGGGCUAAAAUGUUGUAGAAUGUAGAAUAGCAGACCAAAAGUAAAGUCGAAAUUAAGAAAAAUAACUUUUUUAUGUUUUAGCUGUUCCGCCAUGUUGUAUUCUGAGUGUACUGAUCACAUGACCUGUAAUUGAGCAACUCCCCGGUAAGUGUCGCGCUCUACUUUUAUCUCACACUGACCCACAAGCAAGAAACCCUGACGUCAUCAUCUACAACAUGGCGGACAUGUCGCCAAUCUCGGUGUGGUAGAUUUGAUUCAUCAACAUUCUCUGUGGACUCAAAGUCAUUAGAAUGGCGAACUGUUUACAAAACACAACCCCCCAGGAACGAAUGGAACGUCUGGAGGAUUUAGUGGCGUUUACGGAACAGUGCAAGACGCAGAUACAAGAAAUGUACGACCUCCUGGGAUGGUCACACGACAACAACCAAGAUAAGGAACCAAUGGAGCUGUGUCCUUAUGACCCGGGCCAUCGUGUCCCAGUUCGGACCAUGGAGAGACACAAGGCCUCGUGCCGCCUCAGAAAGAUGGGCUACACCCCCGAGGAGCAGGCCGAGAUGUGCGAUCCCUCUGUCUGUUAUGAGAACACAAGCGUCAGAAGCUUUACAAUGGAUGAAAACAUUCAGAACCAGGUGAUCCUGCAGGCCAGAUCUGCUGCGCCACUCAUGAAAAUGGAAGGUACCUUCUGGCAAGGUCAAUUCUCUUACCAGCCCGUCGACGUGCCGCAGAACCACAAGCGAGCUGUGUGCGACCUCACGGUGGCUGACCGCCUGGCUCUGUACGAUCACGUGAUCAACACCCUCAACAAAGAGAAGGUGGCCGCCUCCUCCAGCAACGACGAGCUUUACGUGGAUUUGGUGUCCAAGCUAAAGAAGGGUGAAAAACAGAAUGAGCCAAAGACCCACCUGGAGCGGAUGGCGGAGAUGAGGGACUACAAGAGGCGGCGUCAGUCCUACCGCGCCAAGAACGUUCACAUCACCAAGAAGUCCUACACGGAGGUCAUUAGAGAGGUCAUCCAGGUCCACUCGGACGAGCUCGGCAGACAGUGGAAGGAGGAACAUGAAGAGGAGGUCAAAGAAGAAGAGGACGAUAGAGCGGUAACCUCCCAAAGGCGUAAACCGGAUGAGCGGCGGUCUGCGUCAACAGAGUCGCAUCACUCGCGUGGCAGAAGCCAUCGCAGUCACGACAGAGACAGAGAGAGCAAGAAGAAGCGGAGGAAGAGGGAUUCCCGCUCACCAGAAGAGCGACACCAUGACAGCAAGAAGAAGAAGAGGAAGAAAAGGAAAGAAGAGCGAGGGAAGAGCGAUAGUUCCUGACCAGAUAGGUCAGCAUACGAUAGGAAUUACGUUUUGGUAACCCGCAGCAUCAACAUGAAGAACUUUCAACUGUUUUACUUUUUUAUGAUGAUGUUUGAAAGUGAUAAACUGAGAGGUAAAUUAAUGUCAAAUAAAUAUAU